AUGGUAUAUGACCACCAUGGUUAUGCAAACGUUGCUGAAAAGAUGUGCCUUGAGUGCGGGCUUCGUUUCAAUAAGACUGAAGAUGCAACAAGUUAUGAGGAUCGUAUCCGCAGCUUCCUGGACAGCUUCAUCCGAGAAGAAGUAGCGAGCGAUAAGUGGUAUGAGAUGGACGACCUUCGGGCAGUGGUUGUCGUCGGUGAAGUUCCGCGAGCAGCAAUCGCAAAGCUGGAAAACUCAGUCCAGGAGACCCUGAAGUUGGACCAUAUCACGAUGCUGAACGACAUUGAUGCAGCUCUUGUCAAAUCCUACGGUGCAGCUUCGUAUGCUUUGCAUACUGAAGUUCAUCCUGAGGUCUAUCAAGUGUUUGUAUCGCCGCCACUAGAGCUAGAGCAUAGUGAGUUGUAA